UUUUUUUAAACAAACCAAGCUAAGUGCCGGAUAGCAAGAGGGCGAUGGUGACAGGGUCUGUGUAGCAGCUUCACGACUGUUAGCUAAAAACGAAAAAGGAGCGAUACGGCGGUGGCAGUGGAUUUUAUCACGUAAUCCAUGGGAGGGUGUGUGGGCACUCACCAUGACUCCUCCGGUAGCCUAAACGAGAACUCCGACGGACCUGGAGUUGCUUUGGGUCGCAAUCAACCUUUAAGAAAGGAAAAACCCAAAUGGAAAAGUGAUUAUCCCAUGACAGAGGGACAACUGCGCAGUAAAAGAGAUGAAUUCUGGGACACUGCACCAGCUUUUGAAGGCCGUAAGGAGAUCUGGGAUGCCCUUAAAGCUGCAUCCCAUGCAUUUGAGUGUAACGACCAUGAACUCGCACAAGCAAUCAUUGAUGGUGCAAGUAUAACAUUACCACAUGGUGCCCUUACAGAGUGCUAUGAUGAAUUAGGAAACCGGUAUCAGCUUCCUGUUUACUGUCUGGCUCCACCUAUUAACAUGAUUGAAGAGAAAAGUGACAUAGAGACUCUUGACAUUCCUGACCCACCACCCAACUCAGGCCAUGAAUGCCAGCUGCGGUUGCGUCUCUCCACAGGCAAGGACCUGAAACUGUCAGUACGCAGCACAGACACUGUCUACCACAUGAAGAGACGACUACACACAGUAGAAGGUGUGGAACCUGGAAGUCAACGUUGGUUCUUUUCAGGCCGGCCACUCACUGACAAAAUGAGAUUAGAGGAACUAAAAAUUCCUAAGGAUUAUGUGGUGCAGGUCAUCGUGAGUCAGCCAUUACCAAAUCCAACACCUGUGGAAAACUGAGCAGUCCUUUUUAGCCCCCCUUUUAUCUCAUUAUUAUGUUUACCUGUCUUUACUCCUCUAACAUUUUAAAAUGAAAUUUGCACUGAGGAGUCACGGAUUCCAUCUGUGAUGGAAGCCUGAAGAAAGAGUAUGGCCUAUCAGGGCUUCUCAAUAACUUGGCCAGUUAUUUGUUCAGCUGAACUAUAAGAAAGUGAUCUUGCUGGAUCUUUUAAGACGUUAUCUUAGGCCGUGACUCACAGCUGCUGUUCAAGAAAGGGACUAAUGCCUGGAUUUAUUACUGAAUAAAUUCUCUCUGAAAUCUUUUUCAUGACAGCAGCUCUGCAAACAGUCUGUUUUUUAUAUUGAAACUCUUCAUGGAGAGUAUAAAGGUGUUAAUCACUCUUUUUGACACUUCCUCAGUCUCAGCUUUGGGUAGUACUAGAAAAUGAUGGUGACACAUUAUAAUUUCAGAUCAGUUUCACUGACAGAGAUGUUUGUCGCCCAAAAAGUGUUUACACAAGUAAGAAACCGGUCUCAUACAUUCCAGCAUUUGUUAUAAAACUAAAAUCUAGCUUGUACAUAAUGUAGUGUAGGGAUAUUCUUGUGGCAGGUGUGAAAUAGUGGACUAGAAAUCAGCCACUUAAAGUGCCUUACCAUUUCCUGGUGAUGGCCAUCUAACUUUACAUUGUAUUCACUUAGAACUGCACAGCAUGACAUUUUUAGUUGUAGUUUGCAGGCUUUUUGAUAGCAUAGAAGUUGGAGUAAAAUGCUGAACUCCAAAUCUGUGUUAAAAACAAAACAAACAAACAAAAAAAAAAACGUGAACAA